AUGAAGCAUCCACUUCUCAAUCCAUUUGUUUGGCCGCUGGUGCUGCAGCCGAGCCUCUCGCUCGCAUACUGGCGCCAGGCUUGCAGUGUUUCUCAAACUGCUCGGAUAGACCUCAUACUCAAUCCUGGCAACGUCUCCGGACAUGUACACAAGUUUGCGGGGGGUAGCAAUGUCAACGAGAAUUCCGACUUCAACUCCUUACAGUCUUCAAAUUGCUCAUCGUGCGAAGUUCAAGCCGACAAAUCAGCAUAUUGGACCCCACAACUAUACUACGCUCACGACAAUGGUACUUUCGAAGAAGUGCCCAACUAUGGGAUGACGGUGUACUACGUCGCAGGACGAGGAGGAAACUCUUCGAACACAGUGCCAUUCCCUCCCGGAUUCAAGAUGCUCACCGGCGACAGCCUGCUCAGAUCCUACGACAAUACCACCUUGACACAUCUGGACACGAGGCCGGUGGCUGACAGGGUAAGUUUCCGCUGCAUAAACGACGCUAACGAUAUUCCAGAAGAACAUUACAUGUUCCGUACAGAUUGCACAAACGGCAUGCGGGCCCAAGUGAACUUCCAGUCAUGUUGGGAUGGAGUCAACCUCUACCUCGAGGACAAUGCGCACGUUGCUUAUCUAUCAGGGAUCGACUAUGGCGAAUGUCCGCCCACUCAUCCUGUUUCAAUUCCAGGUCUAUUCUUCGAGGUUCUUUACUGGACUAACGACAUUGACCAAACUGCUGGCGGUCAAUUUGUCUUCUCGAACGGCGAUACCACCGGCUAUGGCUUCCACGGUGACUUUCUCAACGGCUGGGACAUGGAUGUGCAGACAAACGCGGUUCAGGAUUGUCUUUACACCGACGAUGGCGGAGUCAUUGGUGCCUGUCCAUCCUUGUCUCGAAGCGACAACAUCAACUUUCCACGAGACUGCGGGGAGCAACCAUCGGUCUUCAGUGAGCAGGUCCACGGUCUGCUCACCGCGCUCCCUGGAUGCAAUCCGAUCACGAGUGGCCCUGAUCCAGCUUCUCAAGUUGUGUGUGGGUUUGACUCUAAUGUAUUGGCCGUUUUGGAACCGACCUCGUCGCUCACCGCCGCUGCAACUUCGAACACUUCCUCAUCCGAGAGCUCCAGUACUACCACUGCGACCUCAUCGAGCGACCAUUUGGCGUUACAAAGCAACCUCUUGACCUCGAGCACUUCGACGACCGAGUCAAACCCCAUUGUCACCGUCACUGUUUUCAAGCAAGUCCCUGCGCUGACAACAGUAACUGGGGUCGUCUCAAGCGUCGGCACUAUGGUUUCUGGGCUCGCAGCCAGCGUCAUCACUGAGUGGAUUACCGUGACGGUGACAUCACCAACCAACGUUGUGACAAGUGCUGUUGGCCUAGUUUCAACAACUACGGCCUCAUCAUUGAGCCAACAAACACUUCUGCAGGACACAACCUUCACCACUAUUACAGUCGGCUUCCUCGACAACUCCACCACCAGCGACGCGUCCUCGAGCACCAUCAUCACCAACGAUGCGCUCCCCAGCACCAGCGCCAGCACCACCAGCGACGCCUCCGUCACUCCAGCCACACUGGAUGCCAGUGCUUCGUUCGCCUGUUCACUGUACUCGGACUUCACGAUCGAGGGAUGCCCGCCUCCAACUGACAGUAACACAGCUCGUUGCGGCGGCCACCGAUUCAUCGAGUGGGACAGCAUCGACCGAGUCCUCCACGACAGCAACGGAGCUAGCUAA